CACAGCAACUUAACAUCAUGUCUGGUGUUUGGGUAUUCAAAAAUGGCGUCAUCCGGCUAGAAAACCCCUGCGACUGCCACGUUGUCGGCUCGACCGGUCGCCGGAAAGUUCUUGUUCAUGUUCCUAGUAAUGAAGUCAUUACAUGUUAUGCAAGUCUUGAAAGAAAGCUUUAUAGUCUUGGAUGGGAGAGGUACUAUGAUGAUCCACAACUUCUUCAAUACCAUAAGAGAUCCACAGUUCAUCUUAUUUCUCUCCCAAUGAAUUUUAGUAGGUUUAAGUCCAUGCACAUGUAUGAUAUUGUCGUAAAAAAUCGCAAUGAAUUUGAAGUCAGAGAUGUGUAAUUAACUUCUUUAAGUUUGUAAAACUUAUUAUUGAGAAAGCUAAAACAACAGUUGCUGAUCAAACAAGUCGUUGUAGUAUAGUGGUAAGUAUUCCCGCCUGUCACGCGGGUGACCCGGGUUCGAUCCCCGGCAACGGCGUUAACUUUUUUUCUUUAUUGGGUGAACUUUGGGGGCACGUCAGAAUGGUCGGUAGCUACUUAGUCUCAUCCGAGAAUUUAUCUCCUUACUCUUGACUGCUUUUUUCGCUUGAGAGUCUAAAUAUUAACGGUGGCAAGUGGACAGGUUGAAUAAAAAAGGGUUUUAACCCAACCCGCUCAUAUUUACACGUGUCAAAACCGGGUCAGACAGGUUAUCUUUUAAAAAGGCAAGGAGUAGCAAAAUACAACAUCAUCUCAUGAUACAAUCUGAACCUCUAUAAGGAAAUUCACAGUUCAUGAUACAAGGAAAAAGACAUAGACAGCAUCAAAGUUCAGAAAUAACAGGAAGUAGCUAUUAGUCUACUUACUUGUUGGAGAUAAAUGGCUUGGAUUCAAAGGAUCUAGGUAUCAAUUUGAAUGAUUUGACUCACUAUUUUAAAAAAUUAACUGUUGAGAUAUAAAAACAAAAGUGAAUGAACAAACAAGGUCGUUGUAGUAUAGUGGUAAGUAUUCCCGCCUGUCACGCGGGUGACCCGGGUUCGAUCCCCGGCAACGGCGUUUUCUCUUUCUUUUUGUGGCAGAUUUAAUGUAAGAGGAGCAA